UUUUCAAUUCAUUUAUCUGCAGGAAUGAUUGCGACUAUCAGUCUGAAGCUCACCGCCUGACUGUGGAGGUGAAAGUUUCGCCACAGGAAGAUAAACCGCAAAAGACAAUAUUGUACAUGAUUUGCGUGUGCAUCCGAUGAGAAGUAGUGUGGGGGAAAAUUCCACUCUUGUUUUAGGUAAAUAGAAAACCGGUGGAUUAGAGUUUGCACAGCUCAGUAACGUCAGAGAGAAAAUUUUUAGCAGGCAGAGAGAAAGUGAGAGAGGUGUAGGGGUGAGAGAAUAUCUGUUCGUGAUUUGUUAUUUCUGGUCUCAGUCGCCUCAUUGCGUUGUAGACAGACGGAAGAUGCUUCUGGAUGCAGGACCCCAGUACCCCACCAUAGGAGUCACUACGUUCGGCUCCUCACGGCAUCACUCAACAGGCGAAGUCACAGAAAGAGAAGUGGCUUUGGGGAUAAAUCCGUUCGCAGACGGGAUGGGAGCUUUUAAAAUCAACCACAGCUCCCACGACCUGGGAUCCGGCCAGACGGCUUUCUCCUCCCAGGCUCCCGGCUACGCUGCUGCCGCCCUUGGUCACCACCACCACCCGACACACGUCAGCUCCUACUCCACCGCAGCCUUCAACUCCACCCGGGACUUUCUCUUCAGAAACCGGGGUUUCGGGGACGCCACCAGCGCGCAGCACAGCCUGUUCGCCUCGGCAGCGGGAAGUUUUGCAGGGCCACAUGGACACUCCGAUGCCGCGGGGCACCUGCUCUUCCCGGGACUCCACGAGCAAGCCGCAAGCCAUGCAUCAUCUAAUGUCGUCAACAGCCAGAUGCGCCUUGGCUUUACCGGUGACAUGUACGGCCGGGCUGACCAGUACGGCCACGUUACGAGCCCACGCUCCGACCACUACGCCUCCACACAGCUGCAUGGCUAUGGCCCUAUGAACAUGAACAUGGCGGCUCACCAUGGGGCAGGGGCCUUCUUCCGAUACAUGAGGCAGCCCAUAAAACAAGAGCUCAUCUGUAAGUGGGUCGAGCCCGAACAGUUGUCGAACCCCAAAAAGGCUUGCAACAAAACUUUCAGCACGAUGCACGAGCUCGUUACCCACCUGACCGUGGAGCAUGUGGGGGGACCUGAGCAGUCGAACCAUAUUUGCUUUUGGGAAGAGUGCGUCCGAGAAGGAAAACCUUUCAAAGCCAAAUACAAACUUGUAAAUCAUAUCAGAGUGCACACCGGAGAGAAACCAUUCCCAUGUCCCUUCCCCGGCUGUGGAAAAGUGUUUGCCCGAUCGGAAAACUUAAAGAUCCACAAAAGGACUCACACUGGUGAAAAACCUUUCAAGUGUGAGUUUGAGGGCUGCGACAGACGUUUUGCGAACAGCAGCGACCGGAAGAAACACAUGCACGUCCAUACGUCUGACAAGCCAUAUCUGUGCAAGCAGUGCGACAAGUCAUACACACAUCCCAGCUCUCUGCGAAAACACAUGAAGGUUCACGAGGCUACCACGCAAGGACCCCAACCGUCACCGGCCGCCAGUUCCGGGUAUGAGUCGUCCACGCCGCCCACCAUCGUGUCCCCGUCCACGGAGAAUCAAACUUCCAGUUCCAUAUCGCCGGCAUCCUCUACAGUGCACCACACGACCAGUCACCACACCACGCUGUCGUCAAAUUUUAAUGAAUGGUACGUGUAAAAUAUUUUCACAAAGACUGCAGAAAUAGGACUGCUUGGAAUCAAAGACUUUUGAAAGUCAGUCUAUAAUGCGUGGACAGAGAAAAACACGAGGAAGACAAAAUGGUUGUUUCAAGGCUAAAGAGAGAGAGACAGAGAGACAGAGCGAUGCAUGGACAAGGUGCACAGCCAGCUACCAAGUUAAAGUUUUUUUUGUCAUUUCCCCCGGCUCCUUUUUGAAAGACUGCACGCAAGAGAUCUCAAUGCAUGCUAUCUGCGGUUUGUGGCCUGAAUAUUUUUUUUUUUGUACAUAAAGAUUCACAGUCCAAACAUGUAAUAUUUUAUUUUGUAAAUAGUUAUAUAACAGUAUUAAGGACAUUUGUGAAAAUGUGGUCCCUAGAUAUAUGGAAAAUGAGAUGGUUUUAACAAUAAUAUUGCGAUGGCUAGUGUUGAUUGAACAGAAUGUUGUAGUUGAUGUGUACCAAUGUGAAUUACUCAGUAUAUCUUCCGUCUCCACUAUGUCGACCUUACCGACUAUUAGUCUAUUAAUGUGCUUUUGUAUUUGGUGCAACAUUUCGUCUACGGUCCAGUUGGAGUAGCGCAGUACUUACCAUUGUUGUUAUUUAAUGUCAUGUCGAUAAAUCGUGUAGUGAAAGCCUGAAACUCCGUGUCAAUCUGUUUAUGUACGUGAUAAAAGAUAAAACGAUUUGUCCAUUACCUUGAUAAUGUCAAGACAGUAUUACCUACAUGUAUAUAGCUCCAUUUUCCAUAUUUAUCCGCAUGAAAAGGGGAGCACGUGUUAGAAAUGAUCGGUAUUUAUGGAGAAAUGCGCUCUUAUGUAGAAUUUAGUCUACAAUAAUGUUUGGUUACAUUUCGUACUAUAUUAAAGCAUAAAAAAUACAA